AGUUCGCCGCCAACGGUCACACUGGCCAGCAAUUAAGUUAAUUCGGCCAAAAGUUUUUCCACAAAUUUGUAAUGUUAAAAGCCGCUUUGGAUGAACUGAUUAAAAAUGAAUUAACUUGCAACCACGGGGCCUUUAUUCUAAAACAAUGAUUGACGCGGCUUCCGCCGAGCGGGGCAGCCCCAAGCUCAGUGCCCUCUUUAAUGACAAUCUGAAACUGGCGCACCAAGACGAUGGCCACCAGCCGGUCGCCACCAGCAAUGGCAAGGCGGCAUCAGGAACGAUAGAACCACCGCCACCCCAUGUACCCGCCGAGCUGAAGGCUUCUUACCGCAGCUUGUACGCCGCUUGCCAGGAUCACGCCGCCUUCUUCGCCAAGGACCACACCGAAUACGGGCAGCGCCUGCACGCCGCCCACAUUGCCUGGCAGGACUUUAUUGUGCUGGCCAACCGCUUGGUGCAGCAGAUCGAGGCCUUUGCCCACGAGUACGACUUCGAUGAGGAGACACCGGGAAAUGGAUACCGCAGCUUCGUCUACGUGACCAACGCCUGCAUUUCGCACGGCGUCAGCAUCUGCAAGCAGCUUUCAACGACCCGAUCGACGCUCUUCUUUCGCAAGAAACUCCUGAUGAAGGAGGUGGAGGCCUGCUCACAGCUGUUGUCCUCACUGUGCACCUGCCUGCAGUACCUGCUCAUCCUGCGCCAGUGGUCGGCCAGCACGGGGGACCUGUUCGCCUGCGGCAAUCACACGGCCGAGCAGCUCUUCGAGCUGGGCGACACCAUCAAUCAGUAUUGCUUCUACGGUCGCUGUCUGGGCUUCCAGUACGGCGACUCGAUACGCGGGGUUCUCCGCUUCCUGGGCAUCAGCAUGGCCAGCUACUCGGAGUCCUACUACUCCCAGGAGGGCGAUGGGACCAUAGUCAAGACCACCCGCAGCCUGUGGACCAGCGGCAAGUACCUAAUGAAUCCGGAACUGCGAGCCCGCCGCAUCGUCAACAUCUCGCAGAACGCCAAGAUUGAUUUUUGCAAAUCCUUCUGGUUUUUGGCUGAAUCGGAACUGAUGCACAAGCUGCCCAGCAUUGUGGGCAGCUCCAUUAAGGUGAACCGGCUGAUAGAGCUGCCAGCGGAACCGCUGAAACUGCCGCGACGAAAGGACUUCAAGCCUUCGGAGAAUCCCGGCAGCGAUGUGAACCAGAACCAAGGUGAUGACGAUUUCGUGGAGAUACCCGUGCCUUCGGCUCAUCUGGGACCUGGCCUGCCGGUUUCUGUGCGCCUGCUGAGCGCCAGAAGACGUUUGGGCAUGCUGGGCGAGGGUCGCUAUCGUGGCUGGCACAAACCCACUCCGCCCAGCCGCUCCAUUCUGUUUCACUGCCAUGGCGGCGGCUUUGUGGCCCAGUCCUCAAAGUCCCAUGAACUGUACUUGCGCGACUGGGCCGUGGCUUUGGACUGUCCCAUACUCUCGGUGGAUUAUAGCCUGGCACCGGAGGCUCCGUUUCCGCGAGCCUUGCAGGAGGUCUACUAUGCCUACUGCUGGCUGCUUAAAAACACCGAACUGCUGGGCACCACGGCCGAGCGGAUUGUGUGUGCCGGCGACUCGGCGGGAGCGAAUCUCUCCAUCGGAGUGGCCCUCAAGUGCAUCGAACAGGGGGUACGAGUGCCGGAUGGUCUGUUUCUGGCCUACUGCCCCACCCUUGUCAGCUUUGUGCCCAGUCCGGCACGCCUUUUGUGCCUGAUGGAUCCCCUGCUGCCCUUUGGCUUCAUGAUGCGAUGCCUUCGUGCCUAUGCCGCCCCCGCCCAGGAGACGCUGCAGGAGAAUGCCAGGCAUGUGGAGGAUGCAGCCCAGAUACGAAAUGCCCCAAAGUCGAAUGUGGGUAGCUUGAACUCCAGUCGCCGCACAUCGAUAGCCCGAAGUCCGUUGACGCCGCUGGAAGCCAACACGGAGCAGGAUGACGAAAGCAGCGAUACUUUUGCCAGUGCCUCGGCCUCGUACCACAGCCAGACAGUGGAGCGAACCGAUCUGCCCAACAGCGAGAACGACAACAGUUCGUGUGUCUCCUUUGAGGAUGACUCUCAACCCAUUGUCCACUAUCCCGUGGAAAUAUCGGCCGACACGCCCAAGGAUGCCGCCUCAGCUGCUUAUAUAGAUAAUUUCCUGGACAAGUAUCUAAUUGAUACGGCCACCAUGGAGGCCACCGAAGAGACAGCCGCCCAGGUAUCACAAGGACAGGCCAAUGGACAUGCUAAAGUCAGCUCCGAUGACAAUAUUCUGGUGGAAACGGGUCGCGAUCUUAUAGCAAUAGACACGCUGCAGGGACGGCUGCAGGAGGCCGUUAACAACAUAACCAACACUUUGACCCGCUGCACGCAAUCUUAUGAGAUCAAUGGUAGCUCGACGUUGGGCCAGCAGGACGUGCGAAAUAUGGAUGCACUGAUAGCACGUAGCCCCAGCGAGGAGUUUGCCUUCGAUGUGCCUAAGGAUCCCUUUCUGUCGCCCUAUUGGGCCAGCGAUGAGUGGCUAUCCCAGCUGCCAGAGACCAAGAUACUUACACUAAACAUGGAUCCCUGUCUGGAUGACUGCGUCAUGUUUGCCAAAAAGCUGAAGCGCCUGGGCCGCCAAGUCAACUUGGAAAUCCUAGAGGGCCUUCCGCAUGGUUUCCUUAAUUUCACCAUGUUAUCCAACGAAGCUAUGGAGGGAUCCAAGCACUGCAUUAAAUCUCUACAGACGUUGCUUCAGUUGAAGCCGAAGCACAAAACAAACGAUGACAAAGGCAGCUCCCUGGAUGAGGACGAAGUGUCAUCCAGUCCCAGUGCAAGCCUGGCAGCUUCAUAGGACGAGUUUAAAUCGGUCUAUAUACCUAUAGGUUUGGAGAAUCUCACACCCGAAGGGGAUGAAUAAAUUUCAGUAUCCAUUGC